GGUGCAGGGGACAUAUUUACAGAUACAGACGCGCAUCAGCGCUUCCGGUACAUUGUUAGCAGUUAGCAAACAGGUGAAACAAGUUUGUUUUUCAAUCAUAAAACUAUUUUCGGAUAUGUCUCAUUAUGUUUUGGGAAGACUUGUCAUUGGAGUUGUAAGCGUGGUCAGAUCUGUGAAUUAUCUGCCACUCCUCGGUGCCAGAAGCUCUGUUAAGAUACAACGGAGGAGCUGGACUGAUGGACUGAAGGACAGUCAGGCGUUUGAUGUCUCUAUUCUUGAGUUUCUGGUGUGUCCACUAUCCAAAAAACCCUUGAGGUAUGAUGAAAAGAGCAAUCAACUGAUAAAUGAAGAGCUUGGCAUCGCAUAUCCUAUAAUUGAUGGUAUUCCUAACAUGAUUCCUCAAGAUGCGCGAAUGAUACAGAAGACUGAAGCUACUGAAAAACCCAUUGAAACCUAAAGUGAUUUCAUAAAUCAAGUUUAUCACCAUUUGUUUUCUGUUGCAAUGUUUUUCUCCCUGUCUACAGUGACUGUUUUUAUUCCACUGGUUUCAUUGUCUGGACUUUUUUACUCCGCAAAUUUCCCACAAGGCUGCACAUUACAAACAGUGUCUGUUUUUACAGUCUGUUGUUGCCAGUAACUGUUCAUGUGUAUGUUUUCUAUCACUUGUGGAAGUGGUUGGGAAUCAAGCUGUUUAGACACAAUUAGAAAAUGGUUUAAA